ACGGAUACAACAUGAGCAAACAAGAGGUUUGUGUCCAGAUCGUUAACAGUCUGGCGAAUGUGUGGAGUGAGAACAUUUUAUUUGACUUCGCUGUGAAAGUUCAGGAUGAAACCGUCCAAUGUCAUCGUCUCAUCCUAGCGGCGUGUUCAGAAUUUUUUAAGGCAUGUUUUCGUUCUGGGAUGAGAGAGGUGACAGAAAACUGUCUAGUCCUAAAAGAUGUUUCAUGUGAAGUUUUCCGCUUAAUCAUCAAUACUAUUUAUACAGGAACAAGUCUGUUGACUUUAGACAAUUUUACUGAAGUGUGGCGCGCAGCAAAUAUGCUACAGGUUGAAGUUAUGAUUAAUGUUUGCGAGGAGUUUGCUAUAAGAUCAUGUUCAUUGGACACCUGGGAAAACAUUUAUCUACAUGCAAAGCUUUUCGGUUCAGUAAAAGUUCUCGAUAAGCUCCAUUCAUUCAUGUUGAAAAACUUUGAAGUAAUUAGACAUUCAACAACAUUUCUACAACUCUCGUUCAAAGAAGUUCAGGAUUUGAUUAAAAGUCAAGAUCUCGUUGUAAGCAAAGAAGAUUUAGUUCUUGAAUCUGUGAUACAAUGGGUUGAAUAUGUUGACGGAAAGCAGCAAAAUCAUAUAUUAAAUGACAAUCAUAACUAUACAAUAAGCUGUAACGACGUAAAGACUGCUAUUAGUUUACCCAGUGAUGAAGCGAAGGAAAUUAGAAAUAGUGAGGAUGGACUUCAUCCUAAUGAUUGCUUACAAAAUUCCCAUAAGACUGUAAGUGCAGCAAUGCAUGAAGUACACACUGCUCAUUCAUUUGAUCCUGUAAAAUCUUCUAGAAAAGAUAAAUUUAUAGAACUGUUAAUACAUGUCAGAACUUGCCUUGUCAAUCAUGCUGUCUUAUAUCGAGUUUUGAAGUUGAAACUGUUUUCUGAAAUUGAAAAUUCGAGAGAAUUGAUUCUGGACGCCAUGUCAUAUCAGAUCCAAGAGUUUAGACACGGGCAGUGGUCGUCAGCGGCUAUACACAGAUCUUGUAGUGAGUACACAAAUGCUGGAGUUCUUGUAUAUGGUAGUGAUGGGAUUUUCGAAUUAAUAACUGCUGAUAAACAGCAAAAUUUUAAUUUUACACAAUGUAAAUAUUUGAAAGAGAACAUUCAACUCGUUAUUUUUGACGGUGAACUUUAUGCUACUGGAAAACAACUGAAUCAACCAAAUGAACUUUGUCGAAUGUUUGUUUUCUGUGAUAACAACUGGAAGGAAGUGAUAAAAAUGCCCUGUCCCAAUUUGUUAUUAGUUUCACACAUGGACUUCAUCUACAUCAUAAACAAAGACGAUAAAGUUUUAUAUAGCAUGAACCCAAAAAAGAGGGAACCAAUUUUAGAAAAAAUUACAGAUUUUCCUUCAAAUGAUGUUGAAGUAAAACAUGUAAUGGUUCUGAAAAACUUACUUCUAUUAUUUUGCUCUGAAUCUGUGAACGGUGUAGAGCAGAUAGCCGUCCAUAAAUUUGAGAUUUUGUCCAAAGUUUGGACCAGAUUAGACAAUCUUGAUGGACCAGCUGAACAGCUGAUAAGUUUUAAAAAUGACCAGCACGACUACAUUUUACAGACAAAUGGCAGUUUAUGGCAGGUAGAUUACACAUCUGGCACCGGUAGUAUUGGAUUUAAAUUUCUUGUCAAACUUUGGAAUUUUACAAAGAAGCUUUAUGGUGCGUUAACCUUUCAAAGUAAACUAAUACUUUUUGGAAACUACUACGGUAGUGACCCGCCUAAUGGAAAAAGAACAUACGAGCUACCUGAGCACUUUACGAGAAUAUCAUAUUGGGGAAAUGACUCGUGCAAAUCAAAUUUUGUUCCUAUCACAAUAACAAAAAAUGGGUUUUAGAAAGAAACUUUACAGUGCGUUAACGUUUCAAAGUAAACUAAUAGUUUUGGGAAACAAACCCAACAAUGAUAAACGUAAUGAAAAAAAACUCCCUUUGCUUCCUGAGCACUUUACGGAAAUAUCCUACUGGGGAAAUAACUUUUGCUGUUCAAAUUUUAUUCCCAUCAACAUAACAAAGAAUGAUUUAGUUCCCGUUAAAAUGGUCUAGUGUGGAAUAUAUGAAAUGCGUGUGACGACACACAGUUCAAGAUUUUUGUAUAGGUUUAAUCGUCGUUUGGUCUACUAGAUCAUCCUUUUAUAUAUCACUAUGUUUAUUUCUAUCAUUUUUACACGAUAGGCAGAUAUUCGUUAAUACAAAACUACAGUUUAAUUUUGUUUUUGAAUAGUCUAUACGUUUAUUCAUUU